CUCCCCUCUCUCCCUCUCUCUCUCUCUCUCUUUCAUAUAAAUCCUAGCGGUGCGUUGCUUGCCUGCAGACCUCUCGUUCGCUCGCUCGCUUAAAACAAAAAGUCCAGGCAAUAGGAAGAAGAUUAAAAAUGCUGGAAAGCGUAAAAUACCUGAUCGGCUCCGUCGGUCCCAGCGGCUAUGGCUCCAAAUCGACGGCAGAGGAAGUCACCCAAGCAUCUCCAGAUCUCAGUUCCAUCACCGCCAUUAUCACGGGCGCCACGUCAGGCAUCGGCGCAGAGACGGCUCGAGUCUUGGCAAAGCGCGGCGCGAGGUUGAUCCUCCCGGCUCGGAACCUGAAAGCCGCCGAAGAUACGAAAGCACGGAUCGGAGAAGAAUUCCCCGAGUCAGAGAUCAUCGUCAUGGCUCUCGAUCUCAGCUCACUCGCUUCCGUUAGAAGCUUCGUUUCCGAGUUCGAGUCCCUCGGUCUGCCUCUUAAUCUCCUCAUAAAUAACGCGGGAAAGUUCUCCUACGAGCAUGCGUUAUCUGAAGACGGAAUAGAAAUGACGUUCGCUACGAAUUAUUUAGGGCAUUUUCUGCUAACGAAAUUGCUACUGAAGAAAAUGGUGGAAACGGCACAAGAAGCUGGCGUCCAAGGCCGCAUAGUAAACGUGUCUUCGAGUAUUCACAGCUGGUUCUCGGGUGACGGAAUCCGUCAUCUCGAGUCAAUAAACAAGAAAAAAUGCCAUUACGACCCCACGUUAGCCUACGCACUGUCGAAGCUCGCCAACGUCUUGCAUGCCAAGGGAUUAGCUGAGAGAUUAAAGAAAAUGGAGGCGAAUGUGACUGUAAAUUGCGUCCAUCCAGGAAUAGUAAGGACGAGACUUACCAGAGAUCGAGAUGGCUUCGUUACAGAUCUAGUAUUCUUCUUGGCAUCGAAGCUCUUGAAGACAAUUCCUCAGGCUGCUGCUACGACUUGCUAUGUCGCUACACAUCCGAGAUUAUUCAAUGUUUCGGGGAAGUAUUUUGCGGACUGCAACGAAGCAUCGAGUUCAAAAUUGGGAUCGAAUGCCUCUGAAGCCGAUCGGUUAUGGUCUGCAUCGGAAGCAAUGACGGCCGAGAAAUCAAAGAUUGGUUUCGAAUCCGAAAUCCAUUAGUUCAUUUGAUGGAUGGGGAUAAAGCACUUAAGAGAGACCGAAAGUCAUUUUCUAAGGGAAGUGUAGAGAAUCUUAUAGUAUAUACACAGAAAAAUAGAGUAUGUAAGUAGUAACAAUAUAAACCCGUAACUAUAGAUAAGGUAGUCAGCGUAAAAGAAUAUAUAUGAUAGUAACAUGUAUACGAGAAAGAUGUUGAAAACCCUAAGUUGGUUUUUCUUCUUCUUCUUCUUCUUUUGUAAUAUAUUAACAUAUAUACUAAUAUUUUAGUGAUUUUGAACA